ACCGCUGGAUCAAAAAUGAGACAGUGGCGCCACCGUGUGGACAAGGCGGCAGUGCGCCAGACAGUGACACAGCAGGAGGCUGAAGGGGGAGGGGGGGGGAAGGGGGGCUGCGAGCCAGACCGGAUCCUUCAUGAGGGAAGAGGCCAGGGACAGCCAGCCAGCCCCGGCUUCUCCUCUCUUCUCUUCUCUUCACUCCACUCCAACUAUUCUGUAUUGCAAACCAGGGAGCCCGAGCCAGGGGGCUGCCUCAGUGUUCGUAGGAUGUCCCGUCAUGAGGGUGUGAGCUGUGAUGCAUGUUUAAAAGGAAACUUCAGAGGUCGACGAUACAAAUGUUUAAUAUGCUACGAUUACGACCUUUGCGCAUCGUGCUACGAGAGCGGCGCGACGACAACCAGACACACAACAGAGCAUCCCAUGCAGUGUAUAUUAACCCGAGUUGACUUUGACUUAUACUAUGGCGGAGAGGCCUUUUCGGUGGAGCAGCCCCAGGCCUUCACGUGUCCCUACUGCGGCAGGAUGGGCUACACAGAGAUCUCCCUGCAGGAGCAUGUGGCUGCAGAGCACACGGAGACCUCCACGGAGGUGAUCUGCCCGAUAUGUGCAGCGCUGCCAGGUGGCGACCCGAAUCAUGUGACAGACGACUUCGCUGCUCAUCUCACACUUGAACACAGAGCGCCCAGAGACUUGGACGAGUCCAGCGGGGUGCGGCACGUGAGGCGGAUGUUCCACCCGGGCCGCGGGCUGGGGGGUCCUCGAGCCCGCAGGUCCAACAUGCAUUUCACCAGCAGCACCACAGGGGGGCUCUCUACCAGUCAGAGUUCAUCACAGAGCUCCAACUACAGCAGAGAGGCCAUGGACCCCAUAGCAGAACUUCUGUCCCAGUUGUCGGGGGUGCGGCGUUCAGCGGGAGGGCAGCUCAGCUCCGGCCCCUCCGCCUCGCAGCUCCAGCAGCUCCAGAUGCAGCUCCAGUUGGAGCGCCAGCAGGCCCAGGCGGCGCGUCAGCAGCUGGAGACGGCCCGGAACGCCACCCGAGGCGGCGGCGGCGGCCGAGCCAACGCCAUCCUCAACACCAAUUCAGCCGCGGCAAACCCCAACCCCAGCGCCAACCACAAUACCAACCCCAGUCCCAACCCGGGCCCACCUGAGCCCAACACACAGCAUACUGCACAUAGCUCCCAGUUUCUACUCAGCAGGCUGAGCGAACCCCGGCUGUCUGAGGCGGAGCGGCAGGCGUGCGAGGCCCAGUGGGCCGACAGGAGCCUGUUCGUGACGGAGCUGCUGCUGUCCACGCUGCUGCCCGACGACGACGCCUCGGCCUCCUCCUCCGAGGACGAGGAUGACUGUCACGGCUCGUUGCGGAAUUUUGCCGACUUCGAGGCCAUGGGCUGCGUCGAGGUCAUGACCUUAGACGUGGCGCUGGAGAACCUCAACCUCAAGGAGACGACCCCGGCCGCCACCAAGACGACGAAAACCACCACUAAGACAGCACCAACGAAGAAAGAGCCUCCCGCGCCCCCCCUUUGAUGACAUGGCCACUCCCUCCCCUAAAAAAACCACCAUUGUAACCGGCUGACGUCCGAGUCGGUCCAACUGCCAAUGGAUGACGAAAAAGACUGCAGUUCUUUUUGGCUUUUUUUUUUUCCUUUUUUUUUUUUUUUUUUUUUCUCAGUGAUUGUCAUUUCAGCUCUGUCGCUCCCCACUCCUCCGCCCUCCCCCAUGUUUUACGUUGUGUACAUUGAAUAAAAGUAGUGAGACGAGAGAAUGUGAAAGCGAGCAAGCGUGUGGUGGGUGCGUGAGAGAAAGGAAAAAUAACUAUAUAAAUAUAUUAUAGAAGAAAAUCUAUAUGAAAGUCGAUAAUCAACUCCACAUAACCCGUGUUUCCUCUAGCGGAUGAGCAAAGCGUAGUUAGCAGUUCAAGAGACGAACUCGUCACACACACACUCACCGAGGGAGAGGAAGCAGACUGAAGCCCCCUCCGGUUUUAAAAAAAAAAACAAAAAAAACAAACCAACAAAAAAAACAAAACAAAACAAAAAAAAAAAAACGCUGCUGUGUAUUUAUAGUUAUAAAUUAAAGAAGUGCUUGGAUGGUUUACCACAACUUAAGCAUGAGCUUAAAUCACCAUGUGCCCAUUUUUAACUGCACAGUCACUAGACGGGGAGGUCUUUCUCUUUUUCUUCGGACACCUGAAUAAACGAAAGGUGCUGGGUGCCGCGACGCGGGCACUUCUCCACCGACACGCAAACACACACACAAACACACAGACUGACGGCCGUGUUUGGUUACCUUCAUGUCCAGUCUCAAACCCCUCCCCCUUUGUGUGACACCACCUGUUUUUUGGGUCAUGUGACCUUGCUUUAUAUCGACUGUGGGCACUUUGGUUUUGAAUUGCAUAUCCAGUGUCCGUUUGUGUACACUACAGAUGCCCUUCAUAGAAGCGAUACACAACUCGGAGGCGAGCGGAGAUGAAAGCGUCUCAUUUUCGGGCCUUUUCUAACACGGAACAAACACAACCCUGGUCUUCGUACGGUUGUUUUUCUUUCCCUCCUCUCUCUUUCUCUUUUACAGAAGACCAGAUUCUACUUUGUCAAGCUUCCCGUGAUCUGAAAGUAAUCUCCUCUCCAUUACUCAUGAAUGCAAAAGAUUACGUUUCAUGUGACUUGAAGGAGAGAAUCCUGCAUUGCUCUUUCCAUUCAUUUCUCUCGGUCAUAACGAUCUUUGUAUGCCUCCACUGCUACCUGAAGAAAUGCAAUGUAUGUUUUUUGGCUCGGCACACGGGCCAAAUCACAGGGUAAACCUUUCAGUUUGGAGGACAAUAAAAAUGUUUUUUGGAUGGAAAUGAACUAACCCAAUCCUGCUCUCUGGUUUGUGUUUUUACUUUCUUCGAUUUCUUUUCCUUUUCCUCUCAGUGGCUAACUUCUUGGCGAGCAUGUACAGAAUAUGGUUAAAAAUAAACGCCUAUCCUACAGGUCAA